AUGUAUAACAACCACUCUCGAGAUACUACUACUAGAUCCAUUCAUAAAUACCGCACCAUCCAUCCAUAA